GUGACCACUUUCAAUCUCUGCAGUUCCCUCUCCUUAAUCUUCCUUCAUGAUUAACUAGAAUUCUGCGCCAUAUUAACUGGUCUGCAAGGUUAUAAACGACAAUGUAAACAUUAAAUUGUACAUACAUACAUAUCUCAAUUGGAAAGUUUAAUUAAAUUUUAAAAUAAUAAUAUAAGAAAUUAGAAUUUUGAAAAAUAAUUAACAAUGUGGAAACAAACGGCCGUAUUUUAUUUAACAGAAACGUUAUCGGUACAUAACAAUGACUCCAGUUCUACUAGUGACAGUUCUUAUUGUUAUGAUGUGGACAGCACUACAACAAACGACAGUUUUUUAUAUAGCGAAAAUGAUAAUAAUGCAUUGUACUUUCCAUUAAUGCAAUAUUUAUCGUGUGGACGUAAACGACAUUACGUGGAAGAUUAUCUACAGCUUGUAGAAUCUUGGACAGAGUAUGAAUUUAAAGAGCACUUGCGACUAUCGCGACAAACAGCACUUCAACUUAUAGAUGAAUAUGAAACAUCUGAAUUUAUGCCAAAUCAUUUGUAUGGGAUCAGACCGAUCUCAGGACGGCUGAGCAUAUAUAUAUUGUUAUGGUUUAUGGCUAAUACGGAGCCGCUAAGAACAAUAUCGGAUCGCUUUGACGUUUCUAUUUCGUCUGUUUUCCGAAUUAUACGUCGCGUAAUUGCUUGGUUAUUAACUAAAACGGAUGAAAUUAUUACAUGGCCGCAACAUGAAAAGGUUAUAGCAGUGUGCGAAAGGUUUUUUUCAAAAAGAAGGAUUCCACAAGUGUUAGGAGCAAUUGACUGUACACACAUUCGCAUUGAAAAGCCUUCGACAAAUGAACAAUUAUAUUGUAAUCGCAAAAAAUUUUUCUCCAUUCAUCUACAAGCGAUUGUUGAUUCAAAUAUGCGAUUUACAAAUGUCUAUAUUGGUGAACCAGGUUCAUUGCAUGAUGCUCGAAUAUUGAGGAGAUCACUUAUAUAUGAAAGAGCAAACGAAGAGAAAGAAACGGUUUUUCCUAAUGAAACUUUUUUACUUGGCGAUUCUGCAUACCCGUCAUUAGCGUGGCUUGUUCCACCAUUUCGCGAUAAUGGUCAUUUAACGCCACAACAAAUCGAAUUUAAUUUUAUACAUUCAUCUACUCGAAUGGUAGUCGAAAGAACAUUCGGUUUCUUAAAAGGACGGUUUCGUCGGAUCAAAUUUUUUACAGAAUAUAGAAAUAUGCAAUUUAUUACGGAUACCGUUACAGCGGCAUGUAUUCUACAUAAUUAUUGUAUAAAUGUAAAUGACGAUUUUGAAGUAAAUGAAAAAAUAAAUGAAAACGAUGAUAACAUACUUCUCAAUAAUUUUGAUAAUGAAAAUAUCGCAGGUGAAGAUCGUAGGAUGAAAUUGUUUAGACAAUUAUUUCCCGAGUAAAAUUAUACACACACACACACAUAUAUAUAUACAUAAUGCGUAUCUUUAUAUAUGCAUAUAUUUAAUCACGAAGUCUGCUAGAACAAAAAAUAACAAUUCGAAUUGUAUACAAAUUUAAAUAUGGUAAAUAAUAAAUAUAUUUUAUGCU